UCGAUGGCGUCAUCAUGUUCAAUAGAUACACAGAAAGCCUUUGGGCCUGCUAAUCCCCACUGCUAUGGCGGAUUUGAUUUUACCUUGUUCUUCGAGGAGGUUUUCCUUUCUAUAAUACCCUUCAUCGUCGCGUUGCCAUUUCUUUUCCUCCGACUGUACAAACUACACAAGGCCAGCAUAAAAGCAAGUGGCCGAAGAUGGCAUUUUGCGAAGCAGUCUGGUUAUCUGCUCUAUGGAGCAGUCCAGCUCAUUUCAUUAGGUGCAAUGGCGAUGCCCGAAACUGUCAAAACGAGAGCGAAAGUAGCAUGCACAGUAUUCAGCAUCAUAGCGACCGGCAUGCUUGGAUUGGUGUCGCACUUCGAACACUACCGGAGCCUUAGACCUUCGACAAUUAUCACCACAUACCUUACCGUUUCUGCCGUUUUCGAUGCAGCUCGAACACGUACACUUUGGGCUACAAAUGGCGCUCGGCCACUCGCUAUCAUGCUUCUGAUAGCAACAUUGAUCAAGGUCUUUCUCCUUGGUCUUGAGCUCAAGGGAAAGCAGGCAUGGCUGAUCGUGAAGGAGAGUUCACCGGAGGCUACAAGUGGCUUCUUCAGUCGCCUGACCUUCUGGUGGAUAAACCCCAUGCUUCUCAGAGGAUACCGAACCCCUCUUCAAGAGAGUGGGCUCUUUGAGCUCCAGCCAGCACUUGUUGGAGAGAAAGAACUCCUUGGUUUAUUCGAGAAGUGGGAGACAUCGCCUUAUAAAACCCGACCCAAUGGCUUGUUCUUCAUUGCCGUUCGGCAUCAUUGGCGAACCUUUGCGUCCGCAAUCUUACCCAGGAUGUGUGCUACUGGAUUUAACUUCAGUCAACCCUUCCUUCUCGAGCGCGUCCUGAGCUACUUGACCAAGCACGACUAUGCAAACCGCAAAGCAGUCGGGUAUGGCCUCAUCGCCGCAUAUGUCCUUGUCUACUCUGGGUAUGCUACUGCCGGCGGUCUUCACCAACACCGAACCUACCGGAGCAUCGCGAAGCUACGUGGUACUCUGGUUGGCCUUCUGUACCGCAAAACGUUGACGCUCAGCUCAUCGGCACUGAAAGAGUCGGAAGCAGUCACUUUGAUGAACGCGGACGUUGAGCGUAUAACCGCGGGUCUUCGCCAGGUCCACGAACUGUGGGCUAGUCUGUUCGAAAUAGCCCUUUCCGUCUGGCUUCUCUAUAGACAAAUUCGGUGGGCGGCUCUAGUGCCGCUCGGGGUCAUCUUUGCUUGUACUGGUGCCGCGAUAGGAGCUUCUCCUAAGCUCGCUAAUGCACAAAAAGCGUGGCUCGACCGUAUCCAGACAAGAAUCGACGCAACCGCUUCCAUGUUAGGAGCGAUGAAGGGUAUCAAGAUGACUGGCCUUACCCCUCACUUGGCUAACCAGAUCCGCAAUCUUCGUGAAAAGGAGAUCACAACCUCUAGACGGUUUCGCGCCUUGUUAGUGAGGAUUGUCGCGCUAUCUUUUACCAGCACUUCCUUGAGCCCCGUGUUUGCACUAGGAACGUACAUCAUGCUGGCAAAAUACCAAGGUUAUGCUCCUUUGGACACGUCCCGCGCCCUCACUUCUCUGGUGUUGCUCCAGCUUCUUAUGGAGCCGGUAGCCUUUUUCAUCACCUCCCUUUCAGGGCUCAUCACAGCUAUGGGUUGCUUCGAGCGGAUUCGAAUUUACCUCAACAUCGACGAAAAGGCGGGAGGCUCUUCCAUCAAGCCUAUAGAACGCCCUGCGGCUGAGGAGUUCGACUUUGCCGCUGAGGCUGAGGAAGAGAAACGCAACUCUACGUUCUCAAAUAAGAAAGACUGUAUCGUUGCUCACAACGCCAGUUGUGGAUGGGACUUAGCCAAACCACCAUCUCUUCGUGGCCUGAACUUUACUAUCAAAGAAGGAAGUCUCGUAAUGAUCGUCGGUCCUGUGAGCAGCGGCAAAUCAACGCUUUUGAAGGCCCUCUUGGGAGAGAUGCCUACAGCUCAAGGGUUCUACCGAUCCUUCUCAAACGAAAUAGCCUAUUGUGCUCAAAAUCCCUGGCUGGUCAACGGAACUGUAAAAGAAAAUAUUAUCCACGACACAUACUACGACCGUAGUUGGUACAACACUGUACUACAGGCUUGCGACCUUGAGACAGAUCUCUCACAAAUGCCACUUGGGGAUGAUACAGUUGUUGGAAGCAAGGGCCUCUCCUUAUCCGGCGGACAGCAAGCUCGUGUGACCAUGGCCAGAGCGCUUUACUUCCGUAAGAGUCUCGUCAUGUUUGACGAUUCAUUGAGUGGACUGGACGCCUCUACUGAAGAGCAAGUCUUCGAAUCGAUUCUAGGCGAUAAGGGUCUUCUAAGGAAGACGGACACAACUAUCAUCUUGGUCACCAACUCCGUGCAUCGUCUUUCCCAAGCUGAUCACAUCAUCGCUCUUGACUCCAAAGGCACCAUCGGGGAGCAAGGUACCUUCGAAGAGCUGUAUCUUCACCAUGGCUACGUUAGAAGCUUAUGCUCUUCCUUGUCGGACCACUCGAUAUACAGGCAAGAAAAGGAUGAGAAGAAGGAGACUUUGAAGGGAUUUGGAGCAACUCAAAAGGUGGAAAAAGAAUUGACCACGGUAGAAGACUCGACUGCGGCCGGUGAUCUCACCAUCUAUAAAUAUUACAUCCACACCUUUGGGUGGACUCGUUGGGUCAUCUUCUGCUUCUUCUGCGCCCUAUAUGGAUUUGGAACAGCAUUCCCAAAUCUAUGGGUGAAAUGGUGGGCAAAAUACAACACCGAGCAUCCUAACACGAGAAUCACGUACUAUCUAUCCAUUUACGCAAUGCUGGGCGUUCUGGCAAUUUCCUCUCUCGUUCUCGCUUGCUCGAUCCUCAUCAUGAAGAUGGUUCCGGAAUCUGGCCGCAAGCUACAUCAAAGGCUUCUGGAUACUGUGCUCAACGCCCCCAUGAGUUUUUUCGCAGCAACAGACACCGGAGUCACGACCAAUCGAUUCAGCCAAGACCUCGAACUCAUCGACAUGGAACUGCCAGUUUCCUUAGUCCGGACCGCUAUGAUGGCAUUCGUUCUCAUCGCCCAGCUCCUGGUCAUCGUGACAGCUUCAAAGUACAUCGGUGCAGCGAUGCCAUUCUGCCUUGUAGUAGUCUACAUGGUGCAGAAGUUCUACCUCCGUACUAGCCGACGUCUCCGCCUUUUGGACAUUGAAACCAAGGCACAUCUCUUCACGCAUUUCCUUGAGCUACUAAGUGGCCUCGUCACCAUUCGAGCCUACCAGUGGGAGCGACAGCAUCUUACUCGCUUCUUGGAAGCGCUCGCAAGAUCUCAGAAGCCUUUUUACCUACUUUACUGCAUCCAACGAUGGCUCAACCUGGUCUUGGAUUUGAUAGUGGGCACAAUUGCAGUCAUUCUAGUCAUCAUUGCCGUUGGGACAAAGGGGGCUAGUAGUGACCCGGGCCUCAUUGGCCUCGCUCUCGCGAAUCUUGUGGGGUUCUCUCAAAUGUUGAAGCAAUUGAUCACGAAUUGGACUUUGCUAGAGACAUCCAUGGGCGCGCUUGCAAGAGUCCGAAGCUUCACUGAAGAAGUUAAGUCCGAGAAUCUUCCACAUGAGAACCACAGCCCACCAGACCAGUGGCCAAUGUACGGUGCGAUCGAGUUCCAGAACAUCACUGCCUCUCACCAAGGAGCCUCCCGACCUACGCUCGAUAACGUCAAUCUUAACAUCGCCCCGGGGACUAAGAUUGCACUCUGCGGCCGUAGCGGCAGCGGAAAAAGCAGUCUGAUUGCCUCGCUUCUCCGUCUCCUCGAUCUCUCUCACGGCAAAAUCCUCAUCGAUGGCGUCGACAUCUCAGACCUCCCACGACAAGACGUCCGCAGCCGCAUCAUCGCACUCCCACAAGACCCCUACGUUCUCUCCGGCUCUAUCCGUGACAACGUCGACCCGCUCCAUGUCUGCUCCGACCAAGAAAUCGUUGCUGCCUUGGAGAAAGUCGAGCUCAGCCACAUCCUCAUGGAGAGCUGGUUGGACGAUAAGCUCACAUCCGACAUGCUCUCCCACGGCCAAUGCCAGCUCCUCUGCCUUGCUCGCGCCAUGGUGCGCAAAGGCAGCAUUCUAGUCCUCGACGAGGCGACUGCGAGUGUGGAUGUUAACACUGAUGCCCUCAUGCAGCGGCUCAUCCGAACCGAGUUUGCGCACUGCACUAUCAUUGCGGCCGCGCAUCGACUGGACACUAUCAUUGAUUUUGACGCCGUCGCGAUAUUGAAUCGGGGAAAGCUGGUGGAAUACGAUUCGCCACAGAGGCUGUUAUCGAAGGAGAGCGCGUUUAAGGAGCUGUAUCAAAUCCAGAAGGGCGAGACGCAGAGUUGGGAUGCAAGUGUGUUGACGCUUUUGGAGAAUGUGGUAAUUUCGCCGAUAAGGUAGUUUGUUGAAGCUUUGGAGCCAUUGCAUUUACUGGCGUACUCAUUUGCAUAUUGCAUAUUGCAUAGCC